UCCGAGUAACUGCGGAUAGCAGCCUCCGCAAGCAGGCUUCGAUCUUCCUAGGGAUUCGACUUGCCCGCGCCUCUGGGUCCGUCGGGGCCCAGCCAGAAGCCGGGAGAAGGGCCAGAGCUACUGCCUUUGAUGUCGCCCUGGCGGUACCAGGAGAGAUGGGCUUGCUCUCAAUUUUGCGCAAAUUGAAAAGUGCACCAGACCAGGAGGUGAGAAUCCUUCUCCUGGGCUUGGAUAAUGCUGGCAAGACCACUCUUCUGAAGCAGCUUGCAUCCGAAGACAUCAGCCACAUUACACCUACACAGGGUUUUAACAUCAAAAGUGUACAAUCACAAGGUUUUAAACUGAAUGUAUGGGACAUUGGUGGACAGCGAAAAAUCAGACCAUACUGGAGGAAUUAUUUUGAAAAUACUGAUAUUCUUAUAUAUGUAAUUGACAGCGCAGACAGAAAAAGAUUUGAAGAGACGGGUCAGGAACUAGCUGAAUUACUGGAGGAAGAAAAACUAAGUUGUGUGCCAGUGCUCAUCUUUGCUAACAAGCAGGAUUUGCUCACGGCAGCCCCCGCCUCUGAAAUUGCAGAAGGACUGAAUCUGCACACCAUCCGAGACCGAGUCUGGCAGAUCCAGUCCUGCUCAGCUCUCACAGGCGAGGGCGUUCAGGACGGCAUGAACUGGGUCUGCAAAAAUGUCAAUGCAAAGAAGAAAUAAAAUCUAGACGAAUGGAGACGCGGGAGCUGCGGGAGCUGAAUUCUGUCCUGAAAAACACUAAUUUGCUGCUUUCUGACCAAAUGUUUUUCCAUCUGUGUACAGCUACAGCUGUUUGAAGAGAGGGAACAACACAGUUUAAAAAGAAUCCCCAUUCCAGCAGUAGAUUUAACUGAUCUCUGAGGUUCAGUAUCAUUUUUCAAAUAAAGGAAUUAUAUUAUUUCCUCGGCAUAA